GAGGAAAGCAGCUGGGGUAAAAAUGGAGUAGUUGGCCGCUGCGCCUUUAAGACUGCAUGUGGUCUCCAUCUCGCGGCUCGCAUGGCAGGCUGUGUAGGUGCACGCUUUCAAAGUUUGACUGGGGAAUAGCCGGGGAGCAGUGGAGGCGGCAUCGGGAACAGGAAAUCUGCAUCUGGAGAGGGGAGAGCAACGCAGCUCGCCUGGGAGGGUCCGGCUCCGGCGAUAAGAACAAUGGGAGAGAUGGCUAAGCGGAUUUUCGAUGUGUAAAUGUGAAACAGAAGAAGGUGAAUGUAACACAGUGUUCGCUGGAAGAAGGGACCCCCGGCUGCCCCCCUCAGCCGAGCCAUGCCGCUCGUAUUCCGCACGCUGUUGUUCGGCUUUGUAACGCUGCUCGUUGUGGUUCUCAUAAUAGACGAUAUUGCAGAAGUGGAGGAAGAAACUGCAAAUCCCGGACAUUUGAAGAAAAUGAACAUGCAUCGGGCCAUCCCUAAACCACAUAGAAAGGCCACGGCACAUGUCGAUCCGACUGCUGUGACGAGAGUGAGCAAAGAUGUAAAGCCUGUCGGUGCAAGCUACAAUCACACUGCCAAGCUUUCUUCAAACAACUGGACCUUUAACAAGACGCUCUCCAACCUCAUCAGAAAGAACAUUCUAAGAUUUCUGGAUCCAGAGAGAGACAUCUCUAUUCUGAAGGGUACACUGAAGCCGGGAGAUAUCAUCCACUAUGUGUUUGAUCGCCACAGCACCACAAACAUCUCAGAAAAUCUCUACCGUCUUUUGCCAACUGUAUCCCCUAUGAAGAACCAACAUCACAAGCGCUGCGCCAUUGUGGGGAACUCAGGGAUCCUGCUGAACAGCAGCUGUGGGCCCGACAUCGACUCUCACGACUUUGUCAUCAGGUGUAACCUGGCUCCAGUGGAUGAGUUCUCGCAGGAUGUGGGCCGGCGGACUAACCUGGUGACCAUGAACCCUUCAGUGGUGCAGCGGGCCUUCCAGGACCUGGUGAGCGAGGAGUGGAGGGACCGCUUCCUUCAGCGUCUCCAGAGCCUCAGCGGCAGUGUGCUGUGGAUCCCAGCCUUCAUGGCCAAGGGGGGGGAGGAGCGCGUGGAGUGGGCCCUUCGUCUCAUCCUGUCUCACACUGUGGACGUGCGCACCGCCUUCCCCUCGCUGCGCCUUCUCCACGCCGUCAGAGGGUACUGGCUCACCAACCAUGUCCACAUCAAGCGUCCGACCACUGGGCUCCUCAUGUACACAAUGGCCACUCGCUUCUGUGAUGAGAUCCAUCUGUACGGCUUCUGGCCCUUCUCACACGACCCGCAGGGUAAACCGGUGAAAUACCACUACUACGAUACUCUGAAGUACGAGUAUACGUCCAGCUCCAGCCCUCACACCAUGCCUCUGGAGUUCAGGACCCUGAGCGCGUUGCACAGACAGGGGGCGCUGCGGCUCCACACUGGAACCUGUGACACCGACAGGAGACCAGAAGGAGCUCCAGAGCAAGGAGCUGACAACACAUCUCCAUGGAAACCACUUUAAGCAGACUCUGUGAAAAAGUGUUCUUGUUACGGUACUUUUUUGAAACUUGAAUUAAGAAAUUUUCAGUAAUUGGAAUUAACUUUUUUCUAUCUAAAGAAGUGACUUCUUUUACUGAUGUGUUUUACCUCUAAUGAGAUUUCUAUGGCAACCUUUCAAAAAUAAUGAGUCCCAUUUUCUGUAGGUAUUUUGCUGUCUUGAAACAACAUUUGAAAAGGCCUCCCACGUUUUUACUAUUGUGAUAAAUAGGAAUUGAGAACACAUUUUAGUUUUUCAAAUUUGGUCAUGAAAAGCCGUCAGUAAAUAUAUUCCAUAUUAAUAAUAUUCCCAGUUUAUGAUAUGAAAGGUCCCCAUUAAGGGUGUGUAAUAAUUAACCCAACAUGUCAACAUAAUGAAGAGCUGCUGAAUGAAUGGCUCUUGUAAGGCACUUUUUGGGCCACAAGAUGGAAGCACUUCAUAAUCAGGGAGAAGGAUGACAGAAAAAUGUUGGUCAACUGUUCAAACUUUUUUUUUUUUUUAUAAAUAAUCUUGAACUUGUGAUAAGACAUUUUACUCUGAGGACAUUUACGCUUUUGUAGCUUGUAAAAUACUGUCAGUGGUGUUCACAGUGAAACAGGUCAUUCAUAAGCAAACAACUCCAAGAGUCUAGUCAACCAGAACUGCUGUGUGAUAGAGUUGGGUUACCUUGAGAGCCGAAUGAAGGAGUGAAGCAUGAGGAAAUGUAUUCAGCUUCUGUGAGGAUAAAGAGGGAGUGCCAGCUGUUCACACACGAUUGUUUACACAGACUCAGCCGGAAGUAAACUCGCUUUGUAAACUCUUCUCAAACAACUUAAACCCUGUUUCUGCACUGGAAAUGUUAAUAGGUUGUAGCUAUGUGUUGGUACUAAGAAGUGCUUAGCUUAUUUAAUGAAUGUAUUGGUGAUAUUCUUACAAAUGUUGUUGGAAAUAAGCCCUAUAUUGUGCUUUAAAUACAUUUCUAGUAACUGUUAGCAGAAGUUCCAGUGCACUGAGAGAAGGAGUUGAUAACUUGUAUGCCUUCAUUAUUUUUAUAAUAAUGUAUGAAUUAUACAUGUAUUGUGUGUUUAGGGCUAGUAUCUCAACCAUUAUAGAUUGAUACAGAUAUUUGUGGAUUUUAGGAUUGCCAGUAUUUAGUGCCUAUAAUCAAUUAAUUGGAUGAUUUUAAAAUUGAAGAAUUAAAAUGUUCAGGGUUUAUCUAACUUAUUUUUGACAUGAUAAGAUAGAUGUAAAAAACAAACGUACAUUACUUUUAAUAGCGUUACUCACCACUGAAACCCAGCUACGAUUGACAAAAAUAAACAAAGAAAGUUAAUUUGAUUGUAGACUUGUUCAGUAGUUGUGAUCAGGUAAGAAAUGCCAUUCUUUGUUUAUUUUAAGAACAAUACCAGACUCAUUUGUCAGUCAAUAAGUUGAAUGCUAGUUAGGGUUAUAUUUUUGUAAUUUAAAGCUCCACCUUUUGUCUUUAUACUGGGCUUUUUGCCACACACUUUGGGAUUAUUUUCUGCAACAAAUUGCCUCUUUUAAUACAAAUUGACAGAAGUAUUCAAAUGAUUCCACAAGCUCUACACAAGCAGCAGGUCAUGCGCUGCCAGCCAUGUGAUCUGUCUGUAAUAGUGUUGUUUUGACAGGAUUAAAGUUAAACGAGUUGUUUUGACGAGUAAAGUUAAACGAAAGUUGUACUAGCGAUGUGAGGCAAUGAAAUACCUGUUUGUGAAGGCUGGUCUGAGAUCAACACAAAUAGAAACAUUCUGUGACCAACACAAUUAGGUUAAUUAUCCCAGAAUCUGGACUUUGCCACAGAUAGAAAACGUUCUACUUGAGGGGAUUCUUCUUUAUAGUUGUAUCUUGUAGCUUAACUUUAGUCAUGUAGCUUUACCAUAUAUUAGUAUUUGUUCAAUGUACAAAUUCCAGCAACAAAAUAUUAACUUUUGCAUGUUUUGUCUUGAUGCAUACCACUUGACUAUAUUUUUAAUACUUAAACUAUUCAGUAUGACUUGAGAAAACUUGAAUGAUGUUAUGACAAAGUGAAUGUACUUUUCUGUGUCAGAAAACACACAGAAGAUCAGAAUGGAAAGAAAUAACACUUAAAACGAUUUAACACUUCAAAGGAAGCAGUUUUAUUUCAGUAGUGUUUCAAAGAAAUGGAAACCAAGGAUACAGCUGUGGGUACACAUAAUAUCUGUGUCAAAAACCAAACAGGGACUUGAAUUCAAUAAACUUCCAAAACAGUUUGAACAUUUAACUUGUUUUGGUUUAAAUGUGGGAUUAGAGCAAUUAGAUACAGUCUUCAGAUAACUACCACAGUGACGUUAACUCAUUUUACAACAGGAACUGUCUGUAGCAGAUAAUUCAGUUCUAAUAAAAGUACAGAAAUAGCAUCUUCAGACGAGCAGGGUUUUUCCACAAUUACACGCACAACUAAAGAUAAAAUAAUAGAAGGUGACAAGAUGGAGGAGGAUAACUGUUCAAGGGUGAUAGUCCCCUGAGACACACUAAUGGAUCUGCAGUUUACUCCACAUACAAUAAAAAAACAUACAUGAAACAAUAUCGAAAAUAACUGUGGUCAUAUAAUCUGAUGGAAACCACCGGAAAUAGCCACCAUUCUGCUAAAGGACAUGAUAUAAAUCACAUGAUCGAAAGUUUGAAUCACUUUCAAAAACCGAAUCAUACAUUCACACACACGCCAUAUCACUUCUAUCCAGUCUUCUGUAAAUGUCAACAAGGAAAUCAAAAUACAAAAUACAAAACGUUCUUUCUCCCGGAAAGAAAAAUGCAGUACGAGUCGGGCAUUGCAGUUUUUUUGUUAACUAUGGUUGGAGGUCAUUCAGAAGCAGCUGCAGCCGUAUUCCAUUUUGCACUUUCAAAUAACAGUUUGGAUUAAAAACAGAAGGUCACCUACAACACCCACACUCACUGCAGAAACCUAAUCUAGGUGCACUCUGCUACGUAGUUGCUGUAAUUACAUUUAGGGCACAAACACAGACCAGUUUGUGAACAUGACGGCUAUUUAUUUUCUGCCCUUUAUACGAGAUUCUUGGUUGAUUAUUGUGUAUUUGGUAUUUGAAAUAAAGAUAUAACAACUUCAAUGUUUUCAUUUUUUAUAGUAAUUUAAUACUUAUCAAUCAAAUCAAUGUUAAAAGGUCAAAAAAUGUCCUCAACACUCUUUCUCAAAGCCAGUUGAAGAAACUGUUUCUACCAGAGUCCAUUUGGCACAGGGAAUGUACUCUUAAGGGGGAAAAGACUGAGUGCUUUUCAGGUUACACAUUACAAGAGUCAGUGAGCCAUUAAUUGCCAUUCUUGAGGGAGACUUUCCAUUAUACUUUACUAGCGCCUCGCCUACUAUUUUAAACGGAUACCAGAUUCUGGGGAUACUUUUAAAUUGAAAUAACAUUGUUUUGGUUUAGAAAAUAAGACACUGGGUGCAUGUAAAUACUGUUACUACAUCUCUGUGUUGUUUUAAACCUGUUGGGAUUGUUCAGUGGUUGCUAAAUUGAAUUACGUCACGUGACUGAACAUACCCAAUGACAUAACAGAUUACUCCAUCACAUUCAUAGCAAAUGGAUGUUUUCCAUUAACACCUUACAAAAUACCCUGACUAUAUUAUUUGAGAUUUCUUAUCAAUUUUCAACAUCUUAAAAUACGCAAAACUUCAGCUAAGAUAGCAGCAAAACAGGACAACACAUGGUAAAAAAAUAUACGCUUACUCCAUACAUAAGGACAGACCGCCGUCCACAGUAUAUGCACAAUUAAGUGGUUAGUAGAUAGAAAUAUAUUUGGUAUGAAAGUUUAGUUAAAAAUAUCCAUUACAGAAUAUCAAUAGAUUCUUCCUAGUGUGCAAAUGUUUGAAUAAAGUAUUCUCUGCACAUUAUUUGUUGUUAACAUUGUAUGCAUCAUCUGAUGGUUAUAAUAUGGGAGGAUUAUAUUUUCAAAGCAGACGUUGGGUCCUAAACUCCUCAGACCAAUACAAUGUAGCUCAAGUGUCAAAAUGAAAUGACUUUAAAAUGUUUUUUCCAGGUAAUUUCCACGUUUUUAUAAAGACGAUUAUUAAAUGACUGUUGAGAAAAAGUCACAAAAUGAAGCACUCUGAUCUCUAAUAUCAAAAAGUAUUGUGCAGGUUAUUUGUGCCACAUGAUAGAAGCGUCAGUGAAGCAGCAAACUAUGAUAUCCAUGCGGCUCCAGUCCUUUAACACAGAUAAAAGCCAUGCACCAGCAGCAUAUGAAGUUGCUGAUUUGAUAAGACUUGAAAAGCACAAACAUACAGAAAAUCACUUGAGUUGUUCCAGGCAAAACAGGAGUUAUCCAAUGUUGAUGUCCAUGCCGGCAUU